UUUGUUUCAUCUCUCUUUGUCGUUUGCAGGCAAAAACAACCGGAUAACAAUGGCACUGAGAAUGUGGGGUUCUUCCACUGCCAAUGCACUCAAGAUUUCUUGUGCCUCCAAACCUCACCUCCCCCUCUCCAGAUGCUUUUCCACUGUUUUGGAUGGGCUGAAAUAUGCUGAAUCACAUGAAUGGGUAAAGCAUGAAGGUUCGGUGGCUACGAUUGACAUCACUGACCAUGCUCAGGACCAUCUAGGAGAAGUAGUGUUUGUAGAGCUGCCAGAACCUGGUGGUUCAGUUAGCAAAGGAAAAGGCUUCGGAGCUGUUGAAAGUGUUAAAGUAACCAGUGAUGUCAAUUCACCGAUUUCCGGCGAAAUCGUCGAGGUUAACUCUAAGCUCAGUGAAGCUCCUGGCCUGAUCAAUUCAAGCCCUUAUGAAGAAGGAUGGAUGAUAAAGGUGAAACCCAGCAGUCCAUCAGAAUUGGAAUCCUUGAUGGGUUCUACGGAAUACACCAAAUUCUGCGAAGAAGAAGAUGCUUCCCACUGAAACUUUUUUAUCAUAAUUUCGAUUCUGAUCUAUGUUAUUUGAUCAUUAUUACAGUUCAACUUCUGCAAAUUUCGUUUUAACUCGUUCUAUUGUCUCAUUCACGAACUCGGUAUCACUGAAAUUGUCACCGUUUUCGACUUUCUUUACCCAGAAAAGGGAAUUUACAGACAUUGUGAUAGAAGUUGUAAAACUGAAAACAUGGCAACACAUUAGUAACUUAUGUGACAAGAAAA